CCACACAGAUGACAAUGCAGAGAAUCCCCUCAGUUCCGACUCCCAGCUCCGGCGACUGCCGACCCUUCCGUUCGCUGGCGUUGUAGAAGAAGCGCCCGGUCCUCCCUUCCUAAGUGGCCUCCUCUGGGAUAGCGUGGAGUAGUGUGGAAGGCAGGAGAUCCUUCCAGGCUGAUUUCCCUUUUCUCGGCUGAGUGGAAUAUUUGGGACUAAUGGAAGAGGAAGACUAUAUCACUGAAUCAUCUAAUGAAGAAGAUGUGCAAGAAGAUGGCGAAAAGGACAUAAGCAUUACCGAGGGUGAUGUGUUCAAGCCGGUAGAUAUAGAACAAGAAUUGGUGCCCAAAGUAGGGAUGGUAUUUGACUCGGAGGAAGAUGCCUUUCAGUUCUAUGUGGCAUAUGGCUGCCACUCUGGUUUUGGUAUCACAAGAAGAUCUAAUAACACCUUUGAUGGUUUCCGCUAUCGCUCUACAUUCAUAUGCUCUAAAGGUGGGCAGUCUAGGCUGAGAUCUGGCGUGACAAGGCCUGCAAGGAAGCGAGGCACAAAGACUGGCUGCAAGGCUAAGAUGAUUGUCAAGGAUGCUCAUUUUCAGAAUCGCUGGGAAGUUAUUGUUCUCGAGUUGGAGCAUAAUCAUCCACUCGAUCCUAGCUUGCUUAAGUAUAAGAAGCAUUUGAAGGACUCUCCUUUCUCUCUAAAUCCACCUCAUAUGUCUGAGACACCACAGAGCAGUUCAGGUGCCGCGCAUUCUAGUAGAGAUGGAGAUGGUGGCAUACCUUCAUGUGCCCAGAUUGAAUUCAAGAGCAAGGUUGACAGAAAUAGGAAACUAAAGCUUGCUGAAGGAGAUUUAGAGGCCUUGUUGAGUUUUUUCAAUGGUAUGCAAGACCGGAACCCAUGUUUCUUUUACUGUUUAGAUAUGAAUGAUCAAGGACAGCUAAGGAAUGUGUUUUGGGCCGAUGCAAAAUCACGUAGUUCUUACAAUUACUUUGGUGAUGUGGUUGCUAUCAAUGCCACAAACUUCAGUGAUCAGUAUGAUAUACAGUUUGUAUCAUUUGUGGGCACUAACCAUCAUGCUAACCCAGUGUUACUAGGGUGUGCUUUGCUUGCUGGUAGAUCGCUUGGAGCUUAUGUGUGGCUUUUUGAUACAUGGUUAAGAUGUAUGAAUGGAAUACCACCGUCUUCAGUAAUUACCAACCAUUGUCAUGAUGUUGCAAUAGCUGUUAAAAAGGUUUUCCGCAAUGCACGGCACCGCUUUUGCCUUUGGCACAUCUUAAAUGAGCUUCCUGAGAAGUUGGACGGAAUGGGAAAGAAGGAUGAAAUGAUUUCUACUUUCAGUGCAUUGGCCUAUGAUUCUGUUACUAUGCCUGAUUUUGAUAAAGGGUGGCAAGAAAUGACACAGCAGUUUCACUUGGAAGGAAACGAAUGGUUAUCCAAUUUAUAUGAGGUCAGGAUGCAGUGGGCUCCUGUUUAUGUGAAAGAUUCCUUUUGGGCAGGAUUGUCUGUCACAGAUAGAAGUGAUAGUGCUACUGACUAUUUUGAUGGUUGGCUGAUGUCAGGUACGUCUGUCAAAAUGUUUGUUGAGCAGUAUGAGUCAACUGUUAGAAGUAAGUUAGAAAAGGAAUCACAUGAUGAUUUACAAUCCUCUCAGUUGAGGCCACAGAUGAUGACUGGAUUACCUGUGGAGGAGCAAGCAGCAAAGAUGUACACAAUAGAAAUAUUUCAGAUGUUCUUGAAUGAAAUAGGGCAUUCAUUUCAUUGCAACUAUAAUAUACUUGACCGGUCUGAUUCAGGAGUUACAUACAUAGUAUCAGAGCAUGUAAAUCGAGCAAAAAAGGUGGACUACAAAGUUGCUUACAACAAUGGCGAAGAUGACAUAUGGUGCCUCUGCCGGUUGUUUCAGUCUAAGGGUAUAUUGUGCAGACAUGCUCUCACUGUACUGAGGCAGGAGCUUGUACUAAUGAUUCCACCUAAAUACAUCAUUCAUCGCUGGUGCAAGGAUUAUAAACAAACUUGUGUUUUGAAGUCCCAGACUGUCUCAGUAAGUACUCAGGAAUUGGGAAGUUAUGAUGAUCUCUACAAAUCCAGCCACCAAUACUUCACAGAAGUUGUGGAAUUGGGUUCUGUGAACUUGGAAUCAAAAGAAUAUGCUUUUUCAAUCAUGAGGGAGGUCAGGGAUAAAGUGAUUUCUUAUGAGAAGUCACUAAGAGACCAAAGGGUUGACAGUCAUGUUUCAACCGCCAAUUUUGCAUACAAUCCAGUGAAUGAGGAUUUUACUGAUGAUGCAUUGCCCAUUUCUCUUAGUACAAAGAGCUGGGAUCUUAUGCAAGGUCAGUCAAAACGUUCUCGCAAGAAGAAACUGGCGACCCCAACUGUUCUUGAUACCUUGAAAAAGAAAACUAAAAGGGCCUAUAACAAGAGGAGGAAUGCCACUGCGAACAACCUAAAUACGACGAUCACCACAACUGACAGUGUAACUGACAACACAAAUGUGCAGCAGAAUCAAGUAAAUGAGGGAUGGUCCUUAACAUCUACUGGUGCACCUGAAACCUUCCCUUUUGGAGUGGAAAACAUUUCAUUUGAUUUGUCGCAAUACAACAAUGCUCCGAGCUUCCAUUGGCCUGAAAGCAGUAGCAGGUCUCAGCUUCAGUGAGAGGAGGCAACAAGUUGUGCAUGCAUUCGAGUAGCCUAUUUUCUAACAGGAUCACAUGAUUGGCGCAGUUAGCUGUGAUUGAUCAGGACGGUGAACGCCUGAACGAAGGUGAAAAAAAAAAGUCGAAAUCUGGCGGAGACCGGUAAGAAGUACUGAUUCUAACCAAUUCGAUCUAAUUUGGUUUUAGGGAUAUGUGAACACCUGGCUGCCCCUGGUUUUUACCUCCAUGUAACGGCCCAUCUGUGCAUGCUUAUUGUUCCGAGUAUUGUUUUGUCCUUAGGUAUUUGCUGCUCCCAGUAGGUUUAUCUGAACCAUGUUAGGGAAGAUGCACUGACAUCUCAAAUAAUUCGGCCUGAUGUCACCCUGUGUGCCAUUCAUGAAUGUAAAUUUUUGUACUAGAUUAAUUGCAAUGUAUGGAACAAGAUUCAUGUGUGUUACAGUUUCACAUAUGGAGUCGCAGUACUGCUGUGCUACACAGCUCGUUUACCUAAUACUAGAAUUGUUGAA